AGCCCACCUCGCCAAGUCCACUCCAUUCUCCAGCUGAGAUUUCUAGGUUUUCCGGUGAUGUCGGGGCGAACGUUCAUCUUGAGGCUUCACUCCAUGUCCCUUUCCCCUCUACUCUCCUCUCGAGCUCUCGCGCUCCCCCCCGCCCGCUCUUCCCCUUUGCUCCGCCUCCGCCCCCUCCUCGCCGCCGCCAGUUACCCGCUCCGCCUCAGCGCAUCAGGCCUCGGGACCCGAUGCUUCUCCACCAGGCCCACCACAUCGUCCCUUAAUGAUCCGUCGCCGAACUGGAGCAACCGCCCCCCUAAGGAGACCAUCCUCCUCGACGGCUGCGACUUCGAGCACUGGCUCGUCGUCGUGGAGCCUCCGGAUCCUUCCCUUACCCGGGAUGAGAUCAUCGACAGUUACAUCAAGACCCUGGCCGAGGUUCUCGGAAGUGAAGAGGAAGCAAGGAUGUCAAUAUAUUCAGUGUCAACAAAGCACUACUUCGCUUUUGGGUGUAAGGUUUCUGAAGAGAUCUCGUACAAGAUCAAGCCUUUGCCAAAGGUGCGCUGGGUUCUCCCUGAUUCAUAUUUGGAUGUAAAGAACAAAGAUUAUGGUGGAGAACCAUUCAUAGAUGGUAAAGCUGUUCCUUAUGACCCUAAAUACCACGAGGAAUGGGUCAGAAAUAAUGCACGUGCACAGGAGAGAUCGAGGCGGAAUGACAGGCCUCGCAACUUUGAUCGGUCAAGGAACUUUGAGAGGAGAAGGGAAAACAUGCAAAACUUCCAGAAUAGGCCUCCACCAAUGGCAAACCAGGAUUCUCAGAAUCAUAAUGCACAGAACGCCAUGCCACCAAAUGCGCAGAAUCCUAUGCCUCCUAGAGAUGCUCCUCCGAUGCCUAAUCAUGAUUACAAUGCUACACCACCUACCGCAGGUGGUAUGAUGAACUACCAGAAUCAAACGCCUAACCCGCAGAACACCUAUGUGCCAAAUGCUGGUCCUAGCCAUCAAGGAAGUGUUCAAGGCUAUCAAGGAUACCAGGGUGGCAGUCCUGGGGGUAAUAUGCCAGGUUAUGUGCCAAAUGCUGGUCCUAGCCAUCAAGGAGGUGUUCAAGGCUAUCAAGGACACCAGGGUGGCAGUCCUGGGGGUAAUAUGCCAGGUUAUGUGCCAAAUGCUGGUACUAGCCAUCAAGGAGGUGUUCAAGGCUAUCAAGGAUACCAGGGUGGCAGUCCUGGGGGUAAUAUGCCAGGUCGAGUUGGUUAUCAAGGCAGUGACGCAGGUUACCAUGGAGGUGGCUCUGCAUAUCAAGGAAGUAGCCCUGGUCAUCACGGAGGUAAUCCACCUUCUCAAGGUGGCUUCUCUGGUUAUCAGCCAGGCAGCUCUACUUACCAAGGUGGCAAUCCAAACUAUCAACAAAGUGGAAGCAAUUAUCAAGGAGGAGCUCCUGCUUAUCGAGGAAGAGACGUGUCUGGAAGAGAUGAGUAGAGUACCAUAAUCUGUUUCCUUACAAUGAGGCUCUUAGAGACCCAGAUUAUAUUUUCAUCAAUAUCACCUAGUGUUUUAUUUAAUGAUUUCUAUGGUAUUUUUAGGCUGCUGGAACACAAGUAUAAGAAUUUACUUAGAAUUGCGAUCCACUGCUAUUCGUAGUGGUGGACUGCUCCCCAAAGUAUUUCAAGUAUUUCUGAAAAUUGCCUGAUGUAAUGUUUCUGAAAUUUCUUGUUAGAAUCUGCUCUAUUUGUGGGAGAGCUCAUGGAA